AUGAGCCUAACGAGCAGCAUCAGCUCGUGGAUGAGGUCUCCCAAGCGCCGUCGAAGUACAGUAAAUCCUUAUAUUCAACGACUCGAUUUUUACAUCAUGUACUACAAGGAGUCGACGCGAGAACACGCCGAUGAGCCAGAUCAAUGGCCUGAUGCUCCCCGCACUCCGCUUGCCUGCCACCGCGCGCAUCGGCGACCCAACAACCACCCGUCGAUCGCAUUCAACGCGGAGGAGCUCACCUUCGAAUCGAGCGCGUUUUCGCCCCUCCGCGGCGUCCAAAUCGCCGAGAGCUCCCGCGCGAGCGCGGCCGAGCGUCCCGUCACCCAUCCGACACGAAGCACGUACACACCCCCUCCUGGCGGUCCUCCGGGGUACGGUGGCGGCUACGGCGCACCUGGAGGCUUUGCACCUCUUCCGGGCCCUCCUCCUGGUGCUGAUCCUCAAUUAUGGAACUGGUUCAGCGCUGUCGAUUCGGACAGGUUUGGCUACAUCUCCGCGCCUGAACUUCGUGCGUGGCGUAAUGAUAUGUGGCGUUGCGGGCCGGCACGUGUCGCGUUGCGUCAACGUGACCGGAUGCGUUCUCCGAUCGCGUCUGCGCUCCUUGCCUCUCACCAACACUGCUGCCUCCACUCCCGCGGCUCCCGCCUGCACAGCGCAUGCAAUCUUAACGCGCGCGUCACGAAGAAGGGUGAACAUGUCGGGGAACUGCGCGCGUAUCUCGCCACUGCCACCUCCACCGCAGUGAGACAACACAACGUGGGAUCCGGUGUGCCAGAAGGGGAAGUUGUGGCGGAGGUGGCAGAGGCUGUGUGCAAUGAGGGGCAUGAAAGACACAAGGAGGAGGGAAGAUAG